AUGGAAAAUCAGAAAGAAGCUAUAUCACGUCAUGAAAAAUCUGUCGAUUCCCCAACAAAACAGCACCAAAGUUGUCCCAAAUCUCCAAAUAAAUCUUUAGAAAAACAAGAUCAAAAAUCUUAUAACGAAAUUAAAAAAGUAGAUAAAUUGAAAAAUGAUAUUUUUUCAGAUAAAUGGCUAAAAGGGAAUAAGAAAGAGGAGAUUAUCAGUCAAAUGAUGAAGAAUGAUAUCUUGCAAAAAAUAGAAGAAAUGAAUAAGAUAAUGGAUAAUGAAACAGAAAGGUUAAAUACUAACCUUAUUACCCUUGAUGGGGUAGAGAAUAAAAUUAUAUUACAGGAUUUUGAUUGGGACUCUGUUAUUAAAUUAUCUGCUGACUUAAUGGAUGAAUAUUUCAAGAAGAUAGAAAAUUUGAGUAAUAAGCACCGAUUAUUGUUAAAAAAGCAUGAAUUUUGGAAAGAAGCUGCAUUUUCUAUGGAUAAUGCUCAAGCUUCGAUGAUGUUAGAAGAAUCACAAAACUGGAUAAUAAAUAAGGAAUUCCAUUUGAAAUAUAAAAAUCAUCGUUUAAUAAAUUCAGUAAAAGCUAUUAAACUAGCUACGGAUGAAUUGGAAGUAAAUGAGUGA